AUGGCGACACCCGACCCCGUAGACCCAGCCACCCUAGAGAUUAAGACCCGUAGCAUAGAACAGACACUACUCCCACUAGUGAAACAGAUUUCCACGUUAAUCUCACAUAGAGAACGACCGCUAUGCUCGGACCGGAGUUUGCGAGCGGUUGCCAGGGUCGGCCAGGCGGUAAAUUUGGCAGUCGAGAGAUUCGUGACCGUCGGCGAAACUAUCGCGGACGACAACCCGGAUAUCAAACAAGACAUGUACGAGGCGUGCAAGGAGGCGAGGGUUGCAGGCUCAGCAAUCGAGAAAUUAUGCGAAUGUGCCUUGGAAGACAGUUUGGCUGAUCGAAGUUCCGUCGUAAGAGCUGCCAGAUGUCUCCUAGGCUCAGUGACGAAAGUCCUCCUUCUGGCAGACAUCGUCGUGGUCAAUCAAUUGCUUCAUGCCAAGGAUAAGGUCGCCCGCAGUCUGGGACGUCUCGAAAGUGUCUCGAAUUUCACGGAAUUCGUCAAGGCGUUUAGCCAAUUUGGAGGAGAGAUGGUCGAGUUGGCACAUUUAACGGGUGAUCGUCAGAAUGAUCUCAAAGACGAGAGGCGACGCGCACAGAUGGCAGCGGCUCGACAAGUAUUAGAGAGAAGCACCAUGAUGCUACUUACGUCCAGCAAGACAUGUCUAAGGCAUCCCGAAUGUCCAUCCGCUAAGGAAAACAGAGACACCGUUUUUUGUCAAAUGAGAAGAGCGAUGGAUCUGAUACAUUACGUUGUCAAGGACGGAGUAUUAGACUGUAGCGAUUCUCAAUCCUACUCGAAUUCACAGAGUCCGCAGCAGGAAGACUGGGAUAGCAGUACCGUUUGCUCGGCUUUGAAACACUUUGAAAGGCUUGUCGAAACAACAAGGAUGACUCUACUAGGACCGGGCUGUCGCGAAACACUUACAUCAGCGCUCGAAACGGUGGUCGAGAGGACACAAGACUUCACCGACAGCGCUUAUACGAGUCACGAGCACAGAGAAAAUAUCCUUCUGCUUUGUGAUCGUGCGAAACUCGAGCUCAAUACACUCUUACGGAUCGGCAAUAGUAUGAAUUACGAGGGCGGCGGGGGUUCACCUAGCUCGGAAAUGGAACAAGCGGUGAUGGGUGUGUUACGGGCGACCAGAGACCUUCGCCAGCAACUCAAUGCGACGACGAUGGAACAGGCCGGCGAUCUUGGCCAAGUGACAAAAGCCGGCCAGGAACUCGUGUCAACGAUCAGAAAUCUCGCGUUGGCCAAUGACAUCGACCGUCUGCAGGAUAGCAGCGACAGGUUCCACGAGUAUAUCGAACACAUUCUCGAAGUAUGCAAACUUUUAAGACACGUUGCGCUUUCGGAAUCGUUGCAAGUGUCGGCCAAAUUUACGGAGAUCAACUUAAGAAUAUAUGGUCCUCAGGUCGUAACGGCCGCGCACACGUUAGCUAGGCAUCCCACCAGUAAGAUAGCCAAAGAAAAUCUCGAAGUAUUUGCUGACAUGUGGCAGUGGCUCAUGACUGAUGUGACGACAGUAGCGAAAGACGUUUUGGAACUCAGUCAAAAUCGGCCAGAGAAGCAGGUUUACAUGUCUUUACCGCGGCCAGGGAAACAUGGCACGACAAGCAAACCGCUGAAACCAGUACGAUUGGACAGCGAGGAGCAGGCAAAGAUCGCUAAGGCAGGACUCGAAAUGAAGUUGAUAACCUCGGAGAUGGAUGCCGAGACGGAAAAGUGGCAGGAGAGCGGAAGCGCUCUAGAAGAGAACAACGAUAUCGUGAAACGGGCGAAAAAUAUGUCGUCGAUGGCAUUCUCGAUGUACCAAUUCACGCGAGGCGAAGGUGCUCUGAAGACCACCCAGGACCUAUUCACCCAAGCUGAGUAUUUCGCCGAAGAGGCAAACAGAUUGUACAAGGUUGUGAGACAAUUCAGUUACCAGGUACCAGGUGGACCACACAAGAAAGACCUGUUGGAAAAUUUGGAUAGAGUGCCGACUUACGUUCAACAACUGCAAUUCACCGUGAAGAAUCCUACCGUCGGCAAGGCCGCCACUUUUACAAAAGUCGACAAUGUUAUACAAGAAACGAAAAAUCUCAUGAAUGUGAUCUCGAAGGUGGUCACAACGUGUUUCGUCUGCGCCACAAAGCACAAUCUCGUCAUGCCGCAAUACAUGGAGCUCAGCCCGACGACGAUGCCCGGCCAGGCCGAAGAGGAUUGUUUGUAUCCGAUUAGUCCGCAAUUGUUGCCCUCCACGAGCCCUUACGUGCAACCCCAUCCACUCACGUCCGCGCAAUUUCACAGCAUCCUAAAACCACCCCCCAGCCUGAGCCUGUCUCUCCUUCCUUUCAAUUACAGCCCGGGACAUCCCAAUGUCGUCGGGCUGUCCCGGAACUCUGGCUCCUUCGUACAUCCGUCCAUCCUACCGUAUACGACGCCCGGAACGCAGCAGCCAUCCUACUGUCUGCAGAACCUGCAGCUUCUCCAACUGCAGCUGCACCACGCACAACUGCAGCACUUAAGACACGCAACGUUACCGAGAUAA